CCCUAUUGACCUUGAGCUCACCCAUCUUCAAAGGAACUGCUAAUGGAGUACUUCAGUGAGGAACACUCUAAGCUUCUGCUAUUGAAAGAGUGGUUGGUGAAAGUCGACGCACAGACGGCCAAACCAUACCUAUUUAAAUUUUACUCUUCCUCAGUGGAUUUGACAAGCUGUUUCAUGAUUACAGAUACCAAGUGUAUUUGGGCGGAGGUAUUGAAUAGCAAGCAAUUCGCCAGGCGCUGGCGUGAAUGCAACCGAAGAAUCAGCUCUCCCCUUUUGGAUGAUGACGCGGAAGAGGCAUGGAGAACACGCAACCUCGACCUUUUAUCCCGGGCGCAUACCCUGGGCGGUGUGUCAGACGUAUCCUUUGAGCCCGUGGAAUCCAAAAUAGCGGACCUGGCGUUUGAAUUGGAAUGUGAUACCUUCAAGUGGCGGUGGGACACUGUCUUCGUGGGUCACAAGGCCUCCGCGGACAUUUUGUCACGACACCUCAUCAUGCCCCUGAUAAGCGUUAACCAUCUUGCCUUCAGCAGCCCAAAUGCAGUUGGUGAUUUCAGCGGAGACGAACUAGAGAAGGCUAUCGAUAAGAUUGGCCGCACAGCUCGCAGGACCGUCGACACGCAUAUCAAAAAUGCGAUGUCUAAACCCCGCUUGGCAACAACCCUUCGGCGCAUGACUGCAGUUUUCAACUUCAUUUCGGAUCUACCUAAAGUGACGAUUGCGAACGACGUAACCCCUCUUCAACCUCGAGAACCAACGCCGAAAUUAAGCACGGGAACUGAGCUCUCGAGAAGUACGGGGAGUUAUGUAACGGAUAAGACGACUGGUAUCAGAGGGGAUUUGAAAUCUGAGGCAAUAGCUUUAGGGGUACAGAGUCCUAUCACUGCGGACGUGGAUAUGGGUUCUGCCACAGAAUCCGAAAGUGAUAGUCACCCUCAUGCAUCGAUGAGUCGUGAGUCUGCAAACAAGCGCCCUGUGACCGAGAGUCAACAUGGUACAACCGCCGCAAAGUUCCCUGUACCAUCAAAGGCACCCUCGCCUGCUCCGAGUGGGCCACAAAAUCGAAACGCAAUCAAACCACCCCCCGUGUCCAGUGACACAGACUCUUCUCCUAUCCGACCAACCAAGAAAUCGAGGCCGCCCCCCGCAAGCGACGAAGAUAGCGAAGAGGAGCGCAAGAAACUUGCGGCUCAGAUCAAAAGUGGGGCUACUUCCGUACGGGGUACAAGGCAACCACUUCGACGAGGAGGCAGGAAGUUUUGAGUGCUGCACCCCCUAUUUCAGUAGUAAAUG